AUGUCAGCGGUAGCAGAAGACACUGGAGAAAUCAACUUGGACAGUUUUGAUUAUGUCCAUAUGGUGAUUCCUGAUGUGAACGGCCUGGCACGAGGACGAGUCGUCCCCAAGCGGUUUGUCCGGCAGAAACUGUCAACAGGUGUCAACGGCAAUUACAGCGUGCUAAUGUAUGGACCAAACUCAGAAACCACUAAAAAGAUAGAAGAAAUGAAUGCCAGUGAGAACAGGAAAUGGAAGCCUGAUCUUUCAACUUUGAUACCCACGCCCUGGUGCGACUCCCAAUCACGGCGCACAGCUUCUGUUCUGUGCAAUCUGCUGACAAGGGACGGCACCCCUGAUGGGCUGUCCACCCGGGAUAUAGUGCAGCAGCUACUUGGGAAGCUGCGAGACAAAUUCGGACUCACGCUGAAAGUUGCCUUCGAGUUCGAAUUCGUUGUCUUAAAAGAGGAUACUCAGGAACCUCUCGGAGGUAACACCGGCCACUUUUUAGAUCUUCGCAGAAUGGAAUCUGACCUUGACAUUUUCUAUGACCUGUGCGAGACGCUGGAGAAGGCGGGUCUGCACGUGACGUUAUUUUCCACUGAGUCUUGCCCCGGCCAAUGGGAGCUCAACUUUGACCCAUUGGACGACAUCAAAGCCGCCGACAUGGCGUUUCACGUGAAGAACGCCGUCAAGAUCUUCUUUAAGCGGCGCGGCUACACGGCCACCUUCAUGUCGGUGCCUGAUGGCAAGGAGUGGACCAGCGGCCUUCAUCUCAAUCACUCGUUGUGGACGGCGGCCGGUCAGAACGCCAUGGUGGACGACCAGAGGAAGGACGCCAUCUCCGACCUCGCACUGCGCUGGAACGCUGGCAUCCUGAAGCACGCGCGCGCCCUGACAGCACUGUGUUGUCCCACCAUCAACUGCUACCGACGACUGGACCAAGUGGCCUGCCCCUCCGAAAACACCUGGGCUGUGGAACAUCGCACAGGUAUGAACCGUUUCAAGGUGGAGAACAACAACGUGUACCUGGAGAGUCGCCUGCCUUCCGCUGCAGCUAAUCCUUACCUGGCUAUUGCUGGUCACCUGGCAGCAGGAAUGGCGGGAUUGGAGGCCGCAGAAAUCGAGCUGCCACCGGAGAUGGAUACUGCAAAUGCGCAGAAGCUUCCUACUUCUUUGGGAGAGGCGCUAGACUUCCUUGAGCAGGAUGAGGUGAUGGUGGAAACACUGGGCCGACGGUUUGUUUCGUAUUUUCUGAUUGCAAAGCGCGACCUCGAGCUUGAUCAAUACAGUCUUGUUUCACCGGACACAGAGGAGGAGAAAAUUAGACACGAGAGAAAUAAAUACCUCGUUAGUUUGUAG